GGCCGUACAGUGUGGGCAAUGCUAGCAAGAUUCACUCUUUAAAUGAUACAUGUUAUUGAAUAGCGGUGCUUUUUUAGGGUUUUUUUUUUUUUUUUUAACUGAGGUCCAGUGUCGCAAUGUGGCUGCCGCUUUACACAGUCUGCACAAGAAGCCAGACGAUCUGCAGAAGACGCUUCGCCGCGGCUCUUUUAAACCUGUCAAGGCACAGAGAUCAUGCUAAGGUUUCUCACCUCAGUCAUUCAGCUGGACUCUCUGCACAAACAUGCAAGGCUCUUCAGUACAGGAAACACGGAGACCCCUCUCAAGUUGUGCAGGUGGAGGAUGUGGAUUUGCCCCCUAUAGGUGCAAAGGAUGUCCUAGUUAAAAUGCUAGCAGCUCCAAUCAACCCGUCUGACAUCAACAUGAUUCAAGGGACUUAUGCUUUCCUGCCUGACCUCCCAGCUGUUGGCGGCAAUGAGGGAGUGGGCCAGGUCUUAGAGGUGGGCAGCCAAGUGAAGUCCCUCAAAACAGGAGACUGGGUCAUCCCAAGAGAUGCUGGUCUAGGGACGUGGAGGACUGCAGCCGUGCUAGCUGAGGAUGAUGUCAUCUCAUUGCCCAAUGACAUUCCCAUGUUGUCUGCUGCCACGCUGGGAGUGAACCCCUGCACUGCUUUCAGGAUGCUCUCUGACUUUGAAGACCUCAAGCAAGGUGAUUCUGUGAUCCAGAAUGCAGCAAACAGUGGAGUUGGACAGGCUGUAAUCCAGAUUGCUGCUGCAAGGGGAAUUAACACAAUAAAUGUUGUCAGAGACAGGCCAGAUUUCUCACAACUCAGCAAUAGGCUGAAGGCCAUCGGAGCCAGUCAUGUUAUCAAAGAAGAGACACUCAGGCGGCCUGAGAUUAAGGAACUGUUCAAGACUUGUCCAAAGCCUAAACUGGCAUUAAAUGGAGUUGGAGGCAAGAGUGCAACAGAACUGCUCCGUCAUCUACAGGUUGGAGGAUCCAUGGUGACAUAUGGAGGGAUGGCCAAACAGCCUGUUACUGUCCCUGUGAGCGCUCUAAUUUUCAAGGAUGUGAAUGUUCGAGGAUUUUGGGUCACACAGUGGAAGAGAGAUCAUUCACAUGAUGACAGAGCGUUUAGAGCCAUGCUGGAUGAACUGUGCUCCCUCAUCCGACAGGGAAAGCUGACUGCUCCAGCCUGCACCGAGGUGGGACUCCAACAGUACCACAAAGCUCUGGACACAGCUAUGCAGCCUUUCACCUCAGCUAAACAGAUCCUAAUAAUGUGACCUGGCUGGUCUUAUCAACUACUGAGUGCAGCCCUAAGACUGUUGCAUUGUUGUUCAUGUGUCACUCAGAUCUGUUGCUCAACUAAUUAAAGCAACUCGUUACUCAUUAAAUGUCUUCACAGCAGGCUCAAAGUUCAGCAUCAUUAUGUUCUUUAGUGACAGUGUGAGUUACCCUCGGUUUACUGGCAGUAAUUAAUAACUUGUGAAGUCCUUAUAGGGAUGAGGGGUGACAUAAAUCAUUUGAAACAUAGAUAACCCAGCUUUAUCUGUUAUGUUUUGUAACAGAUUGCAUUUCUUCCAAGUUAAAUAGACUUUAAGCAAGAGUCAAAUAAUGUUUAUCAACACAUGUAUUGUUGUGAUAUGGCUGAUAUUCAUUGUAUUUUUUAUUGAAAUAUAAUAAACACAAUCUUUAUUAAUUGUGAGCCGUAUCUGGCUUUGUUAAAUAACAGUUAUUUUACAUCAACUUUAGACGCUUCAGCCAAAGGAAUUUCUAUAUACUGGAAAUUAAACAUUCAGUCAGUACCAAUAAAGCUGUGUAAAAAGGCUACAUUAAAGAUAAAAGGUUGC